AUGAGCUGGGUUCCUGGUCCUGUCACCAGUCGUUCCCUGCAGGAAGGAAAGGUCAGCCCUUGGCACGUGCCACCCUGUGCCACCGUGGGCAGUCCUGGGCACCUCACGGGGACUCUGUCCCACGAGGCCCCUUCAGGAACUACAAGUGUCAUCUCUUCAACCUACCUGGACCUACUUGGUCUCACUUUUUUGGCCUCCCUGGACCCCUCCAGUGUCAAGACUUUAGCCUCCUUGGAACUCUUUAAAAUCCCUUUUUCAGAUUCAUUGGAUUUAUCCAGUCUGAGCUCUUCAUCCUCUGUGGAAUUCUCCAGUCUCACUUCUUCAUCCUCUCUGGACCUUUCAAGUCUCACAUCUUCAUACUCCUCAGACUUCUCCAGUAGCUCCUCUUCAAUUUCCUUAGAGCUCUCCAGUCUCACCUCUUCAGAUUCCUGGGAGCGCUCCAGUUUCUCCUCUUCAGUUUCACUGGACCUAUCAAGUCUCACUUCAUCAGGCUCUCUGGAUCAGUCUGCCGACAGCUCUUCAAUCUCUUUAGAUCUCUCAAGUGUCACCUCUCUAUCCACAGAUUUCUCCAGCCCUACUUCUUCACUCUCUCUAGAGCUCUCCAGUCUCACUUCUUCAUCCUCCACAGAUGUUUCCAGUCACACCUCCUCAGCUCCCCUGGACUUUUCCUGUACGAUCCCUCCAUCCUCACCAGGGGUCUCCGAGUACAGCUCCUCCACCUCGUCGGAAUCUCUAGACCUCACCGAUUUUAACUAUUUCAUGUUUCAGUGCUCCUCUGGAUUAUCUUCAUCGACUCCUGAGGAUGUUUCCAAUCUCAUCUCUACACCUUUUCUGGAUGUCUCCAAUCUCACCUUUCAGGAUGCUUCUUCCCUCAGCCCCUCCGUUUCUUUGGACAUGUCUAACCUCACGUCCUUAGUUCCCCCCGACCUGUCCACGCUCACAUUUCUGGAUGUUGCUAAUCGCACUGCAGCGGCUUCUCUCGACCUCUGCACCUAA